AUGCUUGAGAAGGGCAACGUGGAGCUUCUCCUAGGAAGGGCAGUCAAGUACUUUCUAGAGGUGUUUUUGAGACCUUCAACUGGAAUUACCUUGUCACAUAUCACACAGCUGGUUCUCAGUCACAACAAGCUUACAACUGUACCAGCAAACAUCGCAGACCUGCGAAACAUAGAAGUGCUCAACUUCUUCAACAACCAGAUUGAGGAGCUGCCUACGCAGAUUAGCAGCCUUCAGAAGCUCAAACACCUAAAUCUUGGCAUGAACAGGUUAAAUACGUUACCAAGAGGAUUCGGCUCUUUACCUGCUCUGGAGGUUCUUGACUUGACUUAUAACAAUUUAAAUGAAAAUUCUCUACCUGGAAACUUCUUCUAUCUGACCACCCUGCGUGCACUCUAUCUAAGUGACAACGAUUUUGAAAUCCUGCCGCCAGAUAUUGGGAAGCUCACAAAGUUGCAGAUACUAAGUCUUAGAGACAAUGACCUGAUAUCACUGCCUAAAGAAAUUGGUGAGCUCACUCAGCUUAAGGAGCUUCAUAUCCAGGGAAAUCGUCUUACUGUGCUGCCACCAGAACUAGGUAAUUUGGAUUUGACUGGUCAAAAGCAAGUCUUCAAAGCGGAGAACAAUCCUUGGGUUACCCCUAUUGCUGACCAGUUCCAGCUGGGAGUAUCUCAUGUUUUUGAAUAUAUUCGUUCAGAAACAUAUAAAUAUCUUUAUGGCAGACACAUGCAGGCAAACCCAGAACCUCCAAAGAAGAAUAACGACAAGUCAAAGAAGAUCAGUCGUAAACCUCUGACAGCCAAGAACAAAUAAGUCACUGGCUUGAGCCUGUUUUUAUGUCUUUUAAACUUUUUUGCAUGUGCCUACAAUAUUCCUACGUAGCUCCUGUUACUCAUAUUAUAAGAAAGCAGAGUCUAUAGGUAAAAGCAAUUUACCAUGUAUACUGCUUCAUAAGAUAUUGCUUAAAGAAUACAAAAUUACAUAUUCUCCUAAUUAUGAUCACAUUCCUGUAGCCAUUUAAUAGAUCACUGUCAAAUACAUUUUAGCUUUUCUAUUUAUAUGUAUAUUAAUAUCCUCUGUUCACAUGUAUCACAUGUUCUGUUAAUAUCUGAUUUUUUUCUGCACCUAUAUUAUACUACAGUAAUUUUCAUAUAAUAUUGCAAAUGAUUUUAAUAAAGGUCUGUAUUUGUA